AUGCUAGUCGACGAGGGGCCGGGGCGGCAUGAGGCGGAGCUCGAGAGCCUGUUGUUUGGCCGGGACGAGCAGGCGCUGGAGCAGCUAGGCCAGGAGGCGGUGGACGACGACGAGGCACACGGCAGCGCACUGGCCGCCUUUUUGCGGUCGUAUGCUGCAGGCGCGGCAGCAGCAGACGAAGACCAAAUCAUGGAUGAGAGAGACGAGGAGGAGGGCCGGCGCCAACGGCAGCACGGUGGGGGUGGGUUGCUUCUGUAUGAAGACCGCCGGGGCGCCAACAAGGUGCCGCCCGCCAGCGCGCGGCAGCAGCGCAAGCGUCCGGCAUGGGAGGACCCCCAGGAUGCACACCUGCGGGUCAAUGUGGCGGCCCGCAACCAGCUGCGCAAGCUGCGCCAAGCAGAGGAUGAAGUGGAGUUGACAGGCCAGCAGUACGAGCAGCGUUUGCGGCAGCAACACAACAAGCUCAACCCACGCACAGCGUGGGCCAGCGUAAAGAAGGCGUCCAAGCAGAGGCAGCGAGCAGCAGAGCAUGGCGAUGCCGGCAGCGACACCGAGGAUGAAGCGGCCGAAGCUGCCGAGCGCCUGCUGCAGCGAGCGGGUGGCCUGCUGGCCCGCGGCGCCGCACUGCCACCGAGCAUGCUGGAGACGACGCGGCUCAAGGAUGCCAACCAGACUGAACCCUGCAAGGGUGCUGUCAAGAGCGUGGAGUUCCACCAGAAUGGCGAGCUGCUGCUGACCGCGGGCCUGGAUCGCCGGGUUUGCCUGUUCACUGUGGAUGGCGUGAAGAACCAGCGCGCUGCUAGCUGGUUUAUUGAGGACAUGCCAGUGCACAAGGCGGCCUUUGCAGCGGGCGGCAGCAAGGUGGUAUUGAGUGGCCGCCGCCGCUUCUUCUACUUGUUAGAUGUGGAGUCGCGGGCGGUGGAGCGCCUGGCCUCGCUGCGUGCAUGGCGCGAUGAGAAGAGCUUCGAGAGCUUUGUGACCAGCCAACACAGUCCGCAACCCAUCGCUGCCUUCUUUGGCAACGAGGGGCACGUGCCGCUGGUCAGCUUGCACACCAAACAGAUGGUUGGCACGCUGAAGAUGAAUGGGACUGCCCGCACCGGUGCCUUCACCGCCGAUGGCACUCAGCUCCUCACCAGCGGCGGCGACGGCACAGUGUAUGUCUGGGACCUGCGCACGCAGCGCUGCUUGCAGCGGCAUCAGGACGAGGGGUGCCUAAACGGCGCCAGCAUGGCCUGCGCGUCUGACGGCACCCUCUUCGCCACAGCAAGGAUUAUGGACAAGUGUGCAGGCAAGCCUCUCAAGACGGUGCUGAACCUGACCACCAGCAUCGACACGCUGGCUUUCAACCACGAUUGCCAAAUGAUGGUCAUGGCGUCCAGGCUAAAGCGUGACGCGCUGAGGGUGGUGCAUGUGCCCACGAUGACCGUGUUCAGCAACUGGCCGACCUCCAAAUCGCCCCUGCACUACGUGCACGACGCAGCCUUCAGCCCAAACAGCGGAUACCUGGCCAUCGGCAACGCGCGCGGCCGUGUGUUGCUCUACCGCUUGCAUCACUACAGCAGGGCUUAGUGGAAUGAUUGUUGCAACCUAAGGGGGUGUCUUUGACUCCCAACAGUGCCGCCUACGUCGCUGCGCACCCGUACCACUUGUCACGUGUAUAUUAGUGUGGCAGGGUGUGGCAGUGUCCGCUACUGUGCUGGAUAACUGAAUGGGUGGUGUUGCAUUGUUUUCCGCCGCCCCGCCUUUUGGAGACAUUUUUACCACCUACAAUAAGGUGCUACAUGAUGCCACAAUGCGAGUAGUAAUGCACCCUACGUGCACCUACGUAUAUAGCUCACAUUUCAGCAGUGGAACUAUGAAAUUGGUCAAAA